AUGCUGUCUUUGAGGCAAGCAUGCGAGAAGGCCGGCAUAAAGCGCGAAACCUGCGGCGACAAGUAUAGUGUCGUCCUUGGGAAAUAUAAAUCCUGCUCGUGCAGGUACCAGUCUACAAUGAAUGGAAACUAGAGAAGGUCAUUGCAUUUGUGCGCCGAACGGAAUACAGCUCGGAACUGGCGGACUUGGAUCAGGGUGGAAGGAUUGAAGUCUGCAAGAAAGACGUCAAACCGAAGUCCGAAAGAUGUGUAAGUCGUCCAAAAAUUAAAGGGUUCUCACUCCACCCGCGCGUGUGCUGGAACAGAACCAAUACGAGAUACUUGGCACGCUACAAUCCGCUGGUCUAGUCAUGAUCUGUCUCGCAUCGAUUGGCGUGGCCUUUUCGGGGAUCGGCAUACUCAUGAGGUUCGAAAUGCUGAUGCAGUGCUGGAGCUUCUCAUUUUGGACCUUUCUGUUCUCCCUAAUUCUUCGCACUUGAUCAGCUAUGGUUGUGCUAGUGUCGACACGCACGUAGACAGAAGGAAGCCUCUCUGGUGGAUUGGUCUUAUUUGCUGGAUCGUCAGUCUUCUGAUGAUUUCCAUCGGUACGUUUGCGAAACAAACAAACAAACAAACAACGAAACAGGGUUUCAUGCCUUUAUGUCAUCGUAUCGCAAUCAGGCCUGAUUGUGUGGGAGACGAUGACUGCUGGAGGCACAGAAGACGACCAGCUGUCGUGCACUGCCAGACAAUAUCAGGAUUCGAGUUACGAAUGGAGUAUCGAAAAGAAGGUGAGACGCAUGCCGCUGCUUCCACUCCUCACUCUCCUCACUCUCCCACUCUCCCAGGUCUGCCCCGUGGGUCAUUCAUUCUUCCUCGGUGAGUGAGUGAGACACGACCCUGACGGGGCACGCAUUGGCUCGACAUCAGUUUGCCCUUGUGUGCGUGCUCUCUGUUCAGCCCUCGUGGGCUUUCUGGCCAUUGUGGUCGGCACCGUUUUUCACGCCAGCCCACCCAAAUGAGCAGCAGAGAAGAGGCCAAAGCAGACCACAUGUAUAUGUGUUCGCAUCCUGACAACUCAGUCAUUACUGUCUGCUGCCUCACGCGUCGGCUUGGAGUGUGUGUUUGUGGUGAAUAUCUGAAUGGUGCGUACACCCGCGCAUGCACCUUUGGACUUGGAGUGAACCUUCGGACUUGGAUAUAUAUUCAUGUGUUUAUGUCCUGAAUGUGUCUGUGCGCACAUGCACGAUUGGACUUGGAGUGUGUGUACUACACAUGCAAUUGCAAGUGCAUGAAGCGGUGCCCGAC